AUAGUUAUUGAUGCCACACACAUGGAUACAAACAUACACUAGGGGCCGUGGACUACAGUUUUCAUUUAGUAAACAAAAAUGGACUUUAUAGACGAUUUCAUAGAGGAAUAUAAAUGCAAUCCGUGCCUGUGGAAAGCGGACUCGGCGGACUUCAGGAACCGCAGUCGGCGGCAGGAGGCCUAUGCGAAACUGAUAGAAGUCGCCACCAAGCAUGGAGAAAUGUACAAUGUAGAGCGAACAAAGCAAAAGAUAAACAAUCUACGGUGUGCAUUUCGUCAUCAGUUAAGGAAAUACAACGAAGUCAAGAAAAAGGGUGAAAAAUACGAACCCUAUUGCCCAAAACGACGUUACUUUGAGUCCCUGAUGUUCCUAAAGGACGAGGAGAUCCCGGACAAGAAGUGCAAGCGCGAGCAGGCGGGAUGUUUGGAUAGCGCGGUGCAGCUAGUGCAACCAGAGAAUUGCGACGAGUUCUCCGAUGCCGAGAGUCUUCCCAAGCCCCCGAAAACGUCGGCAGACACAAGCAAACUGUCACCCAACAACAGCGCCAACGAAUUCUGUGCCAAUAUCUUCGAGGAGGCCGCUGCUGACCCCGUUAUCAGUAUUAAGACAGUCAAUGUCAAUGCAAACAAUCAUGCUGGUGGCGCCACCAUCAAGGAGGUCGAAAUCGUAGUCCCUGCUAACAAUAGACUGUUGUCCGGCCGCAGAAAAUCCGUUCCCGACUCGAUUAAGUCCCCUUCCGGCGACUCCGAAUCGCCUUGCAAACGCAUAAUGGCCCAAAACCAGACAAAAUCGAACCACAAUCAGAUCCAGAAACCCAAUCACAUAAUCCGGAAACGAUCUUCCUCUGUCUCCUCGCAGGUUUCGGAGGAUAACGAACCGCCGGCCGGGAAAUUCCGGGCAGACAUUUCUACCAUUGACUUUGAGCGACUCUUUUCCUUGGCUUUAAAAAGUGCGGACAGUCAGCUGGACGACCACUUCUCGAAUUUCGGGAAAAUCAUCGCCCACAAACUGCGCUCAAUGGACGGCACCCAGGCUAUAUAUGCAGAGAAGAUUAUCGCCGAUGUUCUUUAUCAGGGUCAGAUGAAAAUGCUGUCUACGCUAAGUAUACACCAGUUUUUGGGCGUCGACAAUGCAACAGUUUUUCUAGAGAGUCAUAGUAAAUGAUGGCCCCUUUAAAGACGUACUUUUAGAUUUUAUGUAAGAAUAAGGUGUAAAAUACAUUCAUGUGUUU